UUCUUCUGUUCCCGAGCUGAAGCUUGGGGUUUUGUGUUUUGCGGUGCCCGGUACUGGUGGUGAAAGAAAACUCCGACGACUGUGACUGAGGUGGAAGAGGAGAAAACGACGCCGUGUAGAUGAGGUUGCUGCUGCUGCCGAUACUCAUCGGCAUUUUGCUUUAUUGUGCUAAUUAUGCCAUUGCCGACACAGAUCCAAAUGACGCUUCUGCUCUGAGAGUUCUGUAUAGCAGCCUAAAUUCACCUGGACAGCUAACAAAAUGGAAUGCCAAUGGUGGUAAUCCUUGUGGAGAAUCCUGGACAGGUAUUACUUGCUCGGGCAAUAGAGUUACUGAAAUCAAGAUAUCAGGUCUUGGACUCUCUGGUUCACUGGGCUACCAAUUAGCAAGUCUUACAUCGGUGACUAAUUUUGACAUAAGUAAUAACAAUUUGGGAAACCAGUUACCUUAUCAGCUUCCUCCAAAUGUGCAAAGAUUAAACCUUGCUGCUAAUGGUUUUAAUGGUGCCCUUCCAUAUUCUGUUUCGCAGAUGACUUCCCUCCGAUACUUAAAUGUCAGUCAUAAUCAAAUUCAAGGACAAGUGACUGUCGCGUUCGACUCUCUGUCUUCUCUCGAUACAUUGGAUUUCUCAUUCAAUGCUAUGACGGGUGAUCUUCCUCAGAGCUUCAAGGCACUGACUAGUAUGAAUAAAAUGUAUUUGCAGAACAACCAGUUUACAGGAACUAUUGAUAUCUUAGCCAAUCUUCCUCUUGAUGAUUUGAAUGUUGAGAACAACCGUUUUACUGGCUGGGUUCCUGAUCACUUGAAAGGGAUCACGAAAUCAAAUGGUAACUCAUGGAACUCAGGAUCUGCACCCCCUCCUCCACCUGGCACACCCCCUGCAAGCAGGCCGCACCACAAAUCUGGAGGCAAUAAUAGCCCUACUGAUGGUGCAAGCAGUGGUGAUGGUGGUGGUAAAUCGGGGAUAGGGGGUGGAGCCAUUGCAGGCAUAGUGAUAUCUGUUCUAGUUGUUGGGGCAAUUGUAGCAUUCUUUGUUAUCAAGAAGAGAUUGAAGCGGUCAUCGACGGACAUUGAGAAACAUGAUAAUCAGCCAUUUGCUCCUCUUGCUCCCCCCCAGGAAGUACAUGAAUUGAAAACUAAUGAAGCUUCCUCUGCGCCAAUAGUGAAAGUAUUUGAAGCUCCUGCAGUAGUAAAUCUAAGACCUCCACCUAUUGAACGCCACAAGUCAUUUGACGAAGUUGACAUAGCAGCAAAACCAAUUGUCCCACCAAAGAAAGUUAAUACAGCUAAAAUAGAUGCAAGACAAUAUUCAAUCGCAGACCUACAGAUGGCGACUGAUAGCUUCAAUGUUGAUAACCUUAUUGGCGAGGGAUCAUUUGGGCGUGUUUAUAGGGCUCAGUUCGAUGAUGGAAAGGUUCUUGCAGUCAAGAAAAUCAACUCUUCUGCACUCCAGAAUCCUGAAGAUUUUCUCGAUAUUGUUUCUGAGAUAUCACGGUUGCACCAUCCAAAUGUUACUGAGCUGGUUGGAUAUUGUUCAGAGCACGGGCAGCAUCUGCUGGUUUAUGAAUUCCACAAAAAUGGUUCUCUGCAUGAUUUCCUGCAUCUGUCAGAUGAGGAAAGCAAGCCUCUAACAUGGAAUAGCCGAGUUAAGAUUGCACUAGGCACAGCAAGAGCACUAGAGUAUCUGCACGAAGUUUGUUCACCAUCUUUGGUUCACAAGAAUAUCAAGUCUGCAAAUAUUGUACUUGAUGCAGAACUCAAUCCUCAUCUAUCAGACUGUGGAUUGGCAAGUCUAAUUGCUGAUGCAGAUCAGGCAUUGAACCAUAAUACAGGAUCGGGAUAUGGUUCCCCCGAAGUUGCUAUGUCCGGACUCUGUACCAUAAAAAGUGAUGUGUACAGCUUUGGAGUGGUUAUGUUGGAACUUCUUACCGGACGAAAACCUUUUGAUAGCGCAAGAACAAGAUCUGAACAAUCUCUAGUUAGAUGGGCAACACCUCAGCUGCAUGAUAUUGAUGCCCUAGCUAAGAUGGUUGAUCCAGCACUUGAGGGGCUCUAUCCUGUUAAAUCUCUAUCACGCUUUGCUGAUGUAAUAGCUCUCUGUGUCCAGCCUGAGCCCGAGUUCAGGCCACCUAUGUCGGAAGUGGUUGAAGCAUUAGUUCGGCUAGUGCAACGAGCAAACAUGAGCAAGAGGACAUUUGGUGCUGAUCAGGGUACUUCAAGGGGUGAAACAGAUGGCCCGGACUAUGAACCAUAGUUUCCAUGUGACGUUGAGUACUCAACAUGUUACCUAUUCUAACACGUGGAGGUG